UUAGGAAUUCGGUGACUAGCCAAGUGACUCCUGUAGUAUUUGUACCUGAAAUUAUGGCCUAACCUGGUACACCUACUAUGUUACAGUGUCUGCCAUCUUGGUUCACAUACUACAUGACUGUUCCAACUGCUCUAGUCAUUGACACUAAGUCACUAUUUAUAAAAAGAAUCAAACGAGAUUUGAUUUAUCUGAAUAAACCGACUGCGACACUUUUCCCGAGGUCGACUAUUUCCAGACUUGACAGGGUCUAUAUAUGGUCAGGUUCCCCAUAUGAUUAUGCCAUGUUAUUGGAUUUUCCCUUGUCUUGAGAUACCGUAAAUAGCGUAUGGAAAUCUAUCUAUACAGACCUACAGAGUUACCUAUAGUGCAAUUCCGACUACUUUGCCACGGAUAGAAAGCGUUGAUGCAUGACAGGCCAGAAUAAUUGCAUUCUAACAUAAUGGCAUUUAUGCUGUCAACUCUCACUUUCUUGAUUAUCUGGUUAAAUUGUAUUGAAGUACUGAGCCUCAUUAUUUUUUCUUUUGAAUUAUUGAUUCCUAACUAUUGGUGAAAAUUAUAUAAUAAUAUAUUAUUUUUGUUUCAACUAAGACAGUUUAAUAUCUAUUUCAUUCUUAAUUAAUAAUUUAAAAAAUGGAAGAAAUAAAAGAAACUAUAGAGAUUGAAGUCCAACCAACGAAACAACUUACAGAAAAAGAGAAAAUUAUCGCAGAGCGUCUCGAGAUGCAGCGGAAACAUAAAGGUCAUGAAACCAUGCAUUUAGAGAUGAUUUUUAUUCUUAUUUCGACAUUAAUUGUGUCACAAAUAGCGCUUGUACAAUGGAAGAACCGUCACCCUAAAUCUUACAACAUUGCGACUUUAGUUGGGAUGUGGAUUAUACCGUUAGCUUUCUCGUUACAUUAUCUUUGGUGGAGAUUUUUAACAACAUGGGUAAUUUUCACUGUCGUUACGGCGUUUGUUGUUACAAAAGCAAGGAAGAAACCACUUCGUGGUACAACGCCAAGAUUGGUUUACCAAUGGUUUUUAAUUUUGUUUCGAAUUUGCUACGCUAUCGGCGUUUUCGGUUAUUUACUGAUUGUUUUAACAAUGAUGGGUGUUAAUAUGGCAUUCAGGAUUCACCCUGAGACAGCUAUGGAUUUUAGCGUCGUUUUGAUGUUUUACGGACUUUACUACGGAGUUAUGGGUCGCGAUUUUGCGGAAAUAUGUUCAGACACGAUGGCUUCAACAAUUGGAUAUUACACAAAGACUGGAAUGCCAACAAAACAAUUAUCUCCGGACGUUUGCGCUGUCUGCGGACUUGUUUUAGUACUUCCCGUAGACGAGGAUGACGAAAAUACAGAGAAAGUCUACAAAUUGUCAUGUUACCAUAAAUUUCACGAUUUGUGUAUUCGUGGCUGGUGCAUUGUGGGUAAAAAGCAAACCUGCCCUUAUUGUAAAGAGAAAGUCGACUUGAAAAGAAUGUUCACGAGCCCUUGGGAGCGGCCUCAUAUUUUAUACGGUCAAUUAUUGGAUUGGAUUAGGUACCUUGUAGCUUGGCAACCUGUUAUAUUAGGCUUAGUUCAAGGAAUAACAUGGAGUCUGGGUUUAAAAUGAGAAGUUUCCAAAACGAUCUUAAUUUA